CAUUGGAUUUAUGGAUGAGGAAAGAACACACUCCAGGCCUUCGCAAGCGUUAAUACGACAGCGCUUCAAUUCUAUUGCAUCUUUAAUGGCAGAGGUAUCGUCUAUGGUUCUUAAGUUGUUGCAUCCACUAAUAGAUAAUUCUUGUACGGAUGGUAGCAGCAGCCAAGUAUUCUCUCCAUCAAUAUCGAUGCUCUUCAGUUGGGGCAAGUCUCCCAAUUCUAACCUCUUUAAUUUUGGAAGGAGGAGUUGGAUCAUCCCUUCUGAAUCCCAUGCUACCGAAGAUGAGAGUAGAGAAGAUGAAGAAAGAAUUCAGAAAGGAGUUCUACGACAACAUAUAACUAAUCCUGACCAACAACCUGUUGUUCUUGAUUUUGAUGGAGAGGAUACCUCUGAUACUGAAAGUGAUGAGUUUAUUAGUUUGACUUCUAUUUCACGUAGAGAUGUUAAAACACCAUGUCUUGAAGAUGAGACAAAUGUUCACAGAAGUACGUUAUGCAUCCCAACUUUGGGAAAGGAAAGCAAAGAAGAGGUGGUAAAGGAGGGCCUAUAUGAGAAAGAGUCCGAAAGACAAGGGGCUGAGCCUUUUUCAGAUGGCCCUGAGUACAACAGUGACAAACCAUCCAGUCAAAACACUGAAACUGCCCAUUUAAGUCAGAGGCAAGCUGAAGCAGGUAUUUCCGGAGUUCCGAAAGAAAUCCCAAAAGAAGUUUUACGACAACAUAGAACUAAUCCUGACCAACAACCCAUUGUUCUUAAUUUUGAUGGAGAGGAUACUUCUGAUAUUGAAAAUGAUGAGCACAUACCUAGCAGUUCCACAGUUGGGGAGAAAGAAGGUUCCGUGGACAAUUGAGGAAGAACAGAUGCUUAGGGUAUUUUCUUUCUUGCAUAAAUUUAUUCCUAGCUUGUAGUCCUAGAAAUCAAACAUUGAACUGUUGCAAUUUAAUUGUGCUUUUUUUUUUUUCAGAAGAUUGGUUUCAGAGUGUUUUCUCUUUUCUUUGUGUCUUGAGAAAUAAAUGAAAAUUUAAGAU